UUUCGUGCAAGGUGCAUAAAUUUCAUAUUUCACGAAUAAAUAUUUAAUUACACAGUGAAUAAAAAAUUUAUACAAGCAUGUUUACUUUACCUGUAGUUAAUAUUGGUAUAAAUAAUUGUUCUUGAAUCGUUAGAUAAUUUUGUUUUUGUUAAUUCUUAAACAUGGAAUGUUUUUGGUCUGACCUGAGUAAACAUCCUCAAUGUCCACAUGGGCCAACUUUAUUAUUUGGAACAUAUGAAAAUGGUAAAUUGGAAAAAUUUUAUGUAUGUGCUGCUUGUCGCGAGAGGAAGAUGUGCAAAUUUUACUUAAAAGAAAAUGAAAAAUUAACAAAACAACAGGCAGCUAAAUGGGAACAAGAGAAGAAGCAAUUUGUUAAUCGUUAUCAUCAUAGGCCAUUAUAUGUACGUUUUAAUGAGAUAAUGUAUGUAACACCAGAAAAUAGAUGUUACUGCCACACUUGUGAACAAUUGAUAUUCAAAACUGAGAAGGAUAUGAUGAACAACCAUAAAAAUCAUGACAUAAAGGAAGGUCUUACAGAUUAUGAAAUGAAACAUCCAACAGAAAUCUUGAAACCUUUAGAAAAUUCUAGACAAGAAGCUCAAUAUUUCUUCACAAAACAAUCUACUGAAGAUAUAGUGAAUAUACUUGUAAAACUGAAAGCAAAACAAAUUCUUUGUAUCUGUACUCCAAAAAUCCAUGAAUAUAUUUUAGAGCAUCAUGAAGAUACAAUAUCUUCACUCUUAUUAGAUUUUGAUGGAAGAUUUCACAAUUUUUUUGGGCCAUUAGAUUAUUGUUGGUAUAAUCUACUGAAUAAUCAUUUUUUUAAUGAAAGUGCAGCUCAUGUAUUUAAAGAUUUUCUUAUGCAAAAUGGAGGAAAGGAUACAUAUUUAGUAUGUGAUCCACCAUUUGGUAGUAGAGUAGAACCAAUAUCUUGGACUAUAAAAAAGAUUUCUGAACUUCAUAAGAAAUGGAAUAAUAUAGAAGAUGAAAAUAACAGUUUAAAAGUUAUGUUUAUAUUUCCAUAUUUUAUGGAAUCUGUAAUGAAACAGAAAAGUAAUCCACCUGGUAUAUCCGGAGGUUUGAAAGACCUAAACAUGACUGAUUAUAAAGUAACUUACAAUAAUCAUCCAUUAUUUAUAACAGACACAAAGACUACCAAGAUACCAUCACCUAUUAGAAUUUUUACAAAUGUAUCAUUAAACUUAGUUAAACUCCCAGAAGCUCAUGGUUAUAGAUUUUGUAAAAAAUGUCAGAAGUGGGUUGCUAAAGAAAAUAAGCAUUGUAAAAAAUGUCAAGAGUGUACCUCGAAAAAUGGUCUUACUUAUAAACACUGUGAUAUAUGUAAAAGAUGUGUGAAACCUUAUUGGAAGCAUUGUGAAACUUGCACAAGGUGUAUUGUAACGAAACAUUUAUGUGGCCAAAGGCCUCAUGUUGUUGGAAAAUGUUUUAAGUGUAAUGAAGCUGGACAUACUGAAAAAGAAUGUGAUGUGGAUGAAGAAAUUGAUAUAAAUACAACAAAGGCUAAAAUAGUUAAAAAACGCAAAACUAGCAAUAAAAAAGCCAACAUUAACAAUGCCAAAAAGCGGAAAAUAGGCGAUUCUUGUGUAUCUGAAGAAGAUGAGAAAAACAUUUCGAUAAGCAAAAAUACUACUAAAGUAUCCAAAAAAUUAGAGAAGAAAGGAAAGAAGCAGAAGAUAUCACCAGAGCUCAAAGUAAAGACUUUGAAAAAACCUCACCUUCUGAAAAUGCAAAAAAACAUAAAAUUACACGAUCAAUCAAACGGAAUUGUAAAUACGAAGAAGAAACUAAGAAAACAACAAACGUAA